UAGAGAGAGAAGAAAUAAACUAAAAUAUUUCCCGUGAAUAUGAGCGAGCAAUCAAUGAGAACAGCUUUUCACUCAAAAGCACACUCCCCCAUCAAAGUUUCUUGCUUUUCGUCUCUUUCCACUGUUUUAGAUUUUCAUUUCAAUCAUCUUUUGUAUCUUUAUCAGCUUUUAUAUAUGCUUCUUCUUACAGAUCUCUCAGACUCUCUCUUCUUCUUCUUCAAACUAUAAUGGCGUCUUCUAAGCAUAAUAAACUCUGUUCUUUCUUUUAUCUUUGCCUCUUCUUGACUUUAGUUGCAGCUGCUGAGCCUCAAACAGAAUCUCUUCUCACUUUAAAAUCUCAACUCACCGACAAUUUCAACAGCUUAAAAGACUGGUUCAUCAACACUCCUGAAGUUUCCGACAAUCUUGUCGCUUGUUGUUCUUGGUCUGGUGUCCGAUGUAACCAAAACUCAACUUCUGUUGUCUCCGUCGAUCUCUCUUCCAAGAAUCUCGCUGGGAGUUUAUCAGGCAAGGAGUUCCUCGUCUUCACCGAACUCCUUGAACUCAACAUCAGUGACAACUCGUUUUCCGGCGAGUUUCCGGCUGAGAUCUUCUUCAACAUGACCAAUCUCAGAAGCCUUGACAUUAGCAGAAACAACUUCUCCGGACGUUUCCCUGACGGUAACGGUGGUGACUCAAGUCUCAAGAAUCUGAUCUUUCUCGACGCCUUGAGCAAUAGCUUCUCCGGUCCAUUACCGAUCCAUCUCUCUCAGUUAGAGAAUCUCAAGGUACUGAAUCUCGCUGGGAGUUACUUCACUGGCUCGAUUCCGAGUCAGUACGGAUCUUUCAAGAAUCUUGAGUUUCUUCAUCUUGGUGGGAAUUUACUAAGUGGUCACAUACCUCAAGAGCUUGGGAAUCUCACAACUUUGACUCACAUGGAGAUUGGAUAUAACUCAUAUGAAGGAGUAAUCCCUUGGGAAAUAGGUUACAUGAGUGAGCUCAAGUACCUCGACAUUGCUGGAGCUAAUCUCUCUGGCUUCUUACCAAAGCAUUUCAGCAAUCUCACAAAGCUUGAAUCUUUGUUUCUCUUUAGGAACCAUCUUUCUAGAGAAAUCCCAUGGGAGCUUGGAGAAAUUACUUCUCUUGUUAACUUAGACCUCUCAGACAACCAUAUCUCUGGAACCAUACCAGAGAGUUUUUCAGGUUUGAAGAAUCUCAGGCUUUUGAAUCUUAUGUUCAAUGAAAUGAGUGGGACUCUCCCUGAAGUAAUUGCUCAGCUACCUUCUUUGGAUACUCUCUUCAUAUGGAACAAUUACUUCUCUGGGUCACUUCCCAAAAGCUUGGGGAUGAAUUCAAAGCUUAGAUGGGUGGACGUUUCCACCAACAGUUUCCAAGGUGAAAUCCCACAAGGUAUUUGCUCAAGAGGUGUUCUUUUCAAGCUCAUUCUUUUCUCCAAUAACUUCACUGGAACUCUGUCUCCAUCUCUCUCAAAUUGUUCAACGCUUGUUCGUAUCCGGCUUGAAGAUAAUUCAUUCUCAGGUGUGAUCCCUUUUAGCUUUAGCGAGAUUCCUGAUAUCUCAUACAUAGACCUCUCUAGAAACAAACUCACAGGAGGUAUUCCUUUAGAUAUAUCCAAAGCUACAAAACUUGACUACUUCAAUAUCUCCAAUAACCCUGAGCUAGGAGGCAAACUUCCACCGCAUAUUUGGUCUGCGCCUAGUCUUCAGAACUUCUCUGCAUCAUCAUGCAGUAUCUCUGGUGGUCUCCCUGUGUUUGAAUCCUGCAAAUCUAUCACUGUUAUUGAAUUGAGCAAUAACAAUAUAUCAGGGAUGUUAACACCAACUGUUUCCACUUGUGGCUCUCUUAAGAAGAUGGAUUUGUCACACAAUAACUUGAGAGGUGCCAUACCAUCUGACAAAGUGUUUCAAUCAAUGGGGAAACAUGCGUACGAGAGUAAUGCAAACCUAUGUGGGCUUCCUCUGAAGUCAUGUUCAGCUUACAGCUCAAGGAAGCUUGUGUCUGUUCUGGUAGCUUGUCUAGUCUCUAUUCUGCUAAUGGUAGUUGCAGCUUUGGCAUUGUACUAUAUUCGUCAAAGAAGUCAAGGACAAUGGAAGAUGGUGUCUUUCGCGGGACUCCCUCAUUUCACAGCAGAUGAUGUUUUGAGGAGCUUUGGUUCACCCGAACCUAGUGAAGCAGUUCCAGCUUCAGUGAGCAAAGCAGUUCUGCCAACAGGAAUAACAGUCAUAGUGAGAAAAAUUGAGUUGCAUGACAAGAAGAAGAGUGUUGUCCUGAACGUUUUAACGCAGAUGGGGAAUGCAAGACAUGUAAAUCUGGUCAGAUUGCUCGGGUUUUGUUACAACAAUCAUCUUGUGUAUGUGUUGUAUGAUAAUAACCUGCAUACCGGGACGACUCUAGCUGAGAAAAUGAAGACAAAGAAGAAAGAUUGGCAAACUAAGAAGAGGAUCAUCACUGGUGUUGCUAAGGGACUUUGCUUUCUUCACCAUGAAUGUUUGCCUGCAAUUCCUCAUGGAGAUGUGAAGUCGUCUAAUAUAUUAUUCGAUGACGAUAAGAUAGAGCCCUGCUUGGGUGAAUUUGGGUUCAAAUACAUGCUACAUUUGAACACAGAUCAGAUGAACGAUGUUAUAAGAGUGGAGAAGCAAAAGGACGUCUACAACUUUGGACAACUUAUUUUGGAAAUCUUAACAAAUGGUAAGCUGAUGAAUGCCGGUGGAUUGAUGAUACAGAACAAGCCAAAGGAUGGUCUUCUAAGAGAAGUAUACACAGAAAACGAAGUGAGUUCAAGUGAUUUUAAACAAGGAGAAGUUAAAAGAGUUGUUGAGGUCGCACUUCUCUGCAUAAGAAGUGACCAGUCUGACCGUCCUUGCAUGGAAGAUGCACUCAGGUUAUUGUCUGAAGCAGAGAAUAGGUUCAAAUAGGUAAUAAGGACAAAUUUCAAAAUGCACAUAGUGUCUCUUCCCCUAUAGAUAUAGUAAAAGGGAAUCCUUAUAUAGUAUUGUAUUGUACCAAAACGUUCUCUUUAUUUCUUUUACCGACAGGUGUGACUUCUUAGUUAUUUUCCGGAUCAUUGUGUUAUAAUGUUGUUCUUGUAUUACUAUACAUUCAAAAAAGGUAUGGUCUCUCUGCAGUUUUGAUAUAUAUGUAUAAGUUUGUCAUCUAAAUGAAAUGAAGAUUCCAAA